AUGACAGAAGCUUCAGAAACCAAUACAGUGGUAAAUAUUAUUAAUGAAACUUAUAUAGCGUUGGAAACGAAUCCUUUACCAACUAAUAUUAACAGUUUAUUAGAAAAAUGUCUUACAAAUAUUAGAUAUUUAUCCUCAAGUCCAGUUAACCUUGAUCCAUUGCUAAGAUCCAUAAAGGCACUACUCUUAGAUAAGGAGGAAUACCUAUUUUUAGAUGAUCAACUAAUGAUUGAAGUAAUGGAUCAUAUCCUGAAAAUAGCGCCAUUUGAUUUAGUGUUAAAUGUAUUUACAAUGAAAGAUAUAGAAUCGGCAUUGAUAUCGAACAAUACCAGCUUGAUAAAAUCAGCAUUGAAAGUUAUUGAACUUUCUUCUCCUAAAAGUAUAUUUGCUUCCUCCCCACUCUUUGAUUUGGUACUGAAAUUGUAUUUUUAUGAAGAGACUGAUUUGGACAUCAUAAAUAAAAUAGAAAAUUUAUUUCGAUCAUUGUCAUCAGAUGAAUUAGUUGCUAAUAAGAUACUUGUAAAUAAUAAGCCAGUUUUAUUAUCUAUUAAAAAAGGUGCUGCGCUAAUAAAUUAUUCUAGAAUGUUGGAACUAUUAAGUAUAUUUGUUGUCCACAUAAAUCAAGCUACUUUUGAUGAGGAAUUAUUUAUAAUAACACCAGAAGAAAUUGCUAGCCUGGUCGACAAAGAUAUUUUAUUUUUUAUUCAGAUUAUUAACUAUUAUUCAAAAUUACUAGACGAUCUCUUAAUUGAUGAUUUCACGAGAGAAAGCAAAGACUGGAUAUAUCAAUACUUAGAACCUAUUUUUAAUGUGCUGGGUCAAUAUUAUAAAAAGAGAGAUGAGUAUGUGGAAAUUAAGUUAUUUACUUUAUCUUAUUUGUUCCAAAUAUUUAGAAAAGUUUCUUAUUGGAAUUAUGAAAAUUGUUUUAAUUUAUUAGACAAACAUUACCUAGAACUCAAUUACCAAAACGAACAUAUAAUAGAUUUUCUGUCAUUUGUUAAUCCAAAGUAUUUGUAUGAGUAUCAUUCUGAAAUUAUCAAAGAAUAUGCAGAUAUUAAACCUUCUAGACUUUCAAUUCUAAGAAAUCUAGUCUCGAAUGAAAAAUCUUUUAAUUUAAUCAAAGAUAACUUUACAGCAGAGGAUAUUCUAAAAAUGCCAUAUAUGGAGCAAAUGGUUUUAUUGGAGCGUAUGUCACAAUAUAAGUAUUGUGUCAAAUAUAUACUUCACACCAUGCCUACUAUAUUGGGUAAUUUGGUUAAUUUUAAUGGGUUACAUAUUAUUGAAACAGAAACCGUCGAACUGAGGGAGCAAACUAUAGACAAUUUAAUACAUUUCGACGUUGAUCUUCUAGGUACUUGGUAUGCUCCAUUAGUUGAUGAAUUGAAUAAAAUAAAAUACCAUGGUAUUGUAAAAGAAGUUCAGCCAAAAGUUGAGAGCAUGUAUUUAUAA